AUGCAGAGACCAAGAAAGCUUAUCCAUGAUUUCAAAAAGGAUGAUAAAAUUGACGAGGAAAUAAAUAUUGGAAGAGAAGAUGAACGAAUUAAAUCAGCUGUAGAAAGAUUAUCAGAUGAUGUAGAAUUAAUAGCUGAUUGUAGUCGACCUUAUAGUCUACCUACUGUAUGUGGUAAACAUAAAGAUCUCAAGUCCAUAUCUCCAAAAGUUAUGGCAGACUUACUAAAUGGAAAAUACCCCACGGUUGGGAAUAGCUAUAUGAUACUGGAUUGUAGAUAUCCAUAUGAAUAUGAUGGUGGCCACAUUCAAGAAGCAUUAAAUUUUUUUGUAAAAGAAUCGAUUGAUAACCUGUUAAAACGUGAAGCUAAUGAAAAACCAAAGAUUUUAAUCUUUCACUGUGAAUUUUCUUCCCAGAGAGCCCCAAACUUAUUGCGAUAUCUUCGAUCUCAAGAUCGAUUAUUAAAUAGUGAUAAUUAUCCUAGUCUAUAUUACCCAGAAGUCUAUAUUCUAGAUGGUGGAUAUAAAGCUUUCUAUGAACAAACACAGGGCUUAUGUUAUCCUGCUACUUAUACGCCCAUGCUUCACGAAGAUCAUGCAAGUGAACUACGUCAUUUCCGAGUUAAAUCUAAAUCCUGGACAGCGGGAGAGAAGCCAAAGCAAAGUUUUACAAAUCGGCCCCGACCAAUUCGUUUUUAG